UGUGCUGAGCUGGUUCCACUACGUCAGCUCGUCCCGUCGCUGGUGAACAUGUCUGCGACGGGUCCAGGCGGCUGCGCCCCGGGACCCGGGUCCGCCUCGGGACCCGGGUCCGGGCCUUCGAACCCACGGAAGUUUAGUGAGAAGAUCGCGCUGCACACCCAGCGGCAGGCCGAGGAGACGGCCGCCUUCCAGGAGGUCAUGAUGGACAUCACCUCCACCAGGCUCCAGGCUCAGAAGCUCCGUCUCGCCAGGAGUCAGGGUCCGUACUACGGCGGCUCGUUACCCAACGUCAACCAGAUCGGCAGGAACCCUCAGGACUUCCAGGGCUCCUUCCCCUCCACUCUGGAGUCCAGCCGGUCGACUCGCCAUCACGGCCUGGUGGAGCGAGUCCAGAGGGACCGCCGAUUCAUCUCGCCGGUCCGACCGUACCGCAACCGACCGGUGGACAACUCACCGUAUAACUCCGCCUACCUGUCCCCGCCCCCUGACCCCAGCUGGAGAAGGAAUUGGUCCGGAAACUUCCCCGGGGAUAAAAGCCAGUCGUUCCGUCUCCCCACCACUGCUCUCAACAGGACCAACUCCGACUCAGCCCUCCACACCAGCGUAAUGAACCCUCCCACAGGAGACCCCUUCUCCACCGGAGGACCCACCUUCAUCCCCCAGAGCAGCAGACGCUCCGGUCAGAGUGAUGGCGAGGGCAGAAGAAUGUUUCCGUACCCGGUUCCUCCCAUUGAGGAGAACGUGUUGGACGAGGGGAAACUGCUCAAACCCUGGGACACAAAGAAGUUGCCUCUGUUGUCGUCCCGACCCAAAUCUUGUGAAGUCCCUGGUAUCAAUAUCUUUACUUCACCGGAGCAGCCGUCCACGCCGGUUCACGGGGUCCCGUUGUCUCUCAACACCGGCGGCUCGCUGCCCGACCUGUCCAGCCUCCACUUUCCCUCCCCGCUGCCCACGCCGCUGGACCAGGACGAGCCCGGCUACCCAGGAUCCUCCUCUCUGAGCGGCGGCAGCAGCACCGGGAACCUGGCCUCCACACUCACGCAGCUGGGCAUCAAUGUAUCUGGAGGCAACGGCAACUUCCAUCACCAUACACCAGGUCUCCUGGCGUCUCUACAGAGCACGCUCAGUAACCCCUCCCUGCACUCGUCACUAAGCAACCCCAACAUCCAGUCGUCGCUCAGCAGCCACUCCUUUUCCAACUCUCUGAGCUCCGCCUCUCUGCACUCAUCGCUCAGCAACCCCUCGCUGCAGUCGUCCCUGAGCUCCUCGCCCUCUCUGCCGUCCUCCCUCAGCAGCCAAUCGCUGCACUCCUCCCUCAGUAACUCCUCCCUCCAGUCGGUGUCCAGCGGUAACCCCAGCUACAGUGGUGGAAUGGGCGGCUCAGGCUCCUGCUCCUCUUCUUCCUCGUCAUACUCGCCGCUGCUCAGCGGGCAGGGUCAGGCGUCGCUCAGCACGUCGCCACGGAGACGAGCUCAGCUGUCUCCACUAAUCCUGCCCAUGGGAGGGGAGUCGCGGAGGCAUCACUCCAAACAGUUCUCCCCCACCAUCUCUCCCACCCUGUCAUCCAUCACACAGGGCGUCCCACUGGACACCAGCAAACUGCCUCUGGACCAGAGGCUUCCUCCGUACCCGCUGAGUCAGUCCCACCAGCACCAGCAGGGCUCCCACCAGCCUCUGCCCUGUCUGCCCGGCUCCCAGCCCGGACAGCAGCCUCCUCCGCUGGGGCAGCACCACCACCAACAGAUGCACCACCAACGCAUGCAGCAGCAGCAGCAGCCGCGGCCCAACGCCCAACAGCAGCAGCAGCCGCUACAGUCCAUGCAGCAGCAACAACAACAACAACAACAACAACAGCAGCAGCAGCAACAACAACAACAACAGCAGCAACAACAACAACAACAACAGCAACAACAGCAGCAGCAGCAGCAGCAGCAGCAGCCGCUACAGUCCAUGCAGCAGCUCCACCUGCAGAACCUGCGAAACCAGCACAUGCAGCAGCACUUUGCAUCGCAGAAGCCGAUGGGGCCGCAGGUGAACACAUCGAACGCAGGGCUGAUUAAGAGCGAGAGCGCUUUGAACCAGUGCAUCCAGAGCUCGUCUCAGUGUCAGGUCAAACAGGAACCAGAGCAGCAGGCGGAGCAGCAGAGAGGCUGCGGCCUCCCGCAGCUCCAACAGAUCAGCCAGAGUCUGGCCACAGACCUGUACAACGACGCCUUGUUCAACUCUCUGCUGGACGACCCGUACCUGAGUCUGCAGCUCUCGAGCAAAUCCAGCCAGCAGGUAUCCGCUCGCUCUCAUGUGAGGUCACCUGAGCUGCAGCAGGACAACGAUUCACAUCCACAUUUGAGCUUCUGGACUAAAAACCUCAAAUGCACUGAUUCAGAAAAUAUCCACUUUUUCACAGCAGAGAACCAGGGCGACGGUUUGUCCCUGAACCACAGCGGCCUGAGCUGCGGCUCCACAGACAAAAACCAGUACCCCUCCAACGCCCAGGGGCCCCUGGGACUCCAGAAUCCCAGUGACCAGCAGCUUCUCAACAACCAGAACCAGAACUACAGUGGAGGAGACGGACGCCACAACGUCCCCAACAUCAUCCUCACCGGAGAUUCUCCGCCUGGUCUGUCCAAAGAGAUCGCCAGCGCCCUGUCCCACGUCCCUGGCUUCGAGAUGGACCCCUUCUCCCUGGACGACCCGCUCAGGAUGGACCACCUGGCUCUGGACAUGCUCGAAGGUGACCUGAUGCUCGCUGACCCAGCGGUGGAGGACUCCUUCCGAUCUGACCGGUUGAAGUGAUCCCGCCCCUCCCCCCCUGCCCCCCGCACUCCACUCCAGGAGCUUGGCGGGAAUCCGGCAAAGAGAUGGCCACCCUGACAGAGCUGGAGAGGACGCCGCUCUCGUCUCCCCCAACUAGACGGUCUCCAGAGCGGGGUUUGGACGUAACUCUGGAAUAUCUUUGUCGUCAGUGCGACAAAGUCUCGGAGACGGACCCGAGGUUUCGGUCGCGUGACAGAAUGAACUGAUGGAGGGGGAGUUUUUCCGUCAAAGGCACUUAACUGAAAACGCUCUUGCAAAACUUGAUGUCAAGAAAAACCAAGUUGCUUCUCUUUUUAGGCAUUAGCUUGUACGAGUCUUAUCUGCAUGUUAAUGAAAAAUGCACUCGCGUUAAUGCAAACACGCAGGAAUAAAAUGCUCACGUGACGUCG